AUUUUAUUGGUUAUUGGGUGAGGAAGAUGAGUGAAAUUGAGGAUGAAGACGCUCUUCUCACGCGGAAAUACCUGAAGAAUGUGAUCAUGGGAGGAAAAACGCCCCUUCGAGGGUACGAAAGUCAAAGACAGCACAUUGAGGAACUCUUCCGGAAGGUUGCAACGGAUGGGGAGUCAAACUCUGCCCUUCUCAUCGGCCCCAGAGGAUCUGGGAAGACAUCGCUAAUAGCAACAAUUUUGAUGGAUCUUCUCGUGGAAAAUUGCUUCGUGGACAAUUGCCUAAUUGUCUACCUCAAUGGACUGAUUCACACGGAUGACAAGCUUGCCCUGGCCUCGAUCGCAGUUCAGCUGAAGCUGGAGAACACAGUGGACGGAAAGGUCUUUGGCUCAUUCGCUGAGAACCUGGAGUUCUUGCUGUCGUCACUCCGGAAAGGCGACAAGAAGUCGAAGAGCGUAAUUUUCCUGCUUGAGGAGUUUGAUCUCUUCUGUGCUCACCACAACCAGACGCUCCUGUACAAUCUCUUCGACGUGAGCCAGUCUCCCCACGUGCCCGUAUGCAUCCUGGGCGUCACUUGUCGCCUGGAUGUGAUGGAAUUGCUGGAGAAGAGAGUCAAAUCGCGAUUCUCCCAUCGGCAACUCUUCAUCUUCCCAACUUCCAACGAACCUCAGCAGAGGAUCUCGGCUUUCAGGGAUUAUCUGAAGCUGCCAGUGAAGAAGGAUGUUCCUGUAGAUAUAAAGAAACAUCUGGACGAGGAGAAUCCCUGCGAAUUCAACUUCUUAAGACUGAAAAUCAAUGAAGCUGCCUGCAAAGUGUCCAGGAAGUGGAUUCAGACGUGGAACAAGCACAUAGAUGAUCUCUCAGCCAGCGAAGAGAUUCGCCGCAAUCUGCAGAUGAUGUAUGAAAUCGACAUCUCUGAGCAGUCCUUCAAGUGUUUCCUCGUGGAGAUCCUUUCGCGGGUUUCCUCGCGGAAGCCUCAGCUGCUGGAGAGUGACAUCCUCGCCACGACGAGGAAGUAUCUGGUGGAUGAGCGUCUUCUCACGCUCCGCGACUUAUCCGUGCUGGAAUUCUGCCUGAUCAUCGCCAUGAAGCACCACAGCGAGAUCUACGAUCGCGAUCCCUUCAACUUCCAGAUGAUCCACGAGCGUUUCGGCAAGUUCGCCAGCCAAUCCGGGCAGUCGUGGAGUCGCAGCGCUCUGUUCAAGGCCUUCGAGUAUCUCGAACAGCAAGAGCUGAUCGCGCCGAUCGGCGCCAGCGCGAAGAUCCAGAAGGACUUCCAGAUGUACCGCCUCGUGCUGACGCUGAGUCAGAUCGCCGAGGCCGCCAGGACGCUGCCGGGACUGCCCACGGACGUGGCGCAGUGGGCGCAGAGUUCCCUCGUGUGA